CUGCGCUCGGGCGGCGCUGCCCCCAUCGCCCCCGCUGCCGCUGCCGACGGACGCGGAGGAAGGGCAGAAUCGCAUCUCGGGAGGAUUUUGUUCCUUGCCUGCAUCUCCAGGACGGGGGGAUGUAUGCAUUGGAGACGCUGUGUCUUGCAAACCCAAAAGACUGGAGCCGUUUGAAGAUUAUGUAACAGCAAAGGUGCAGAUACCCUUUGGAAAGAGGAAUAAUGGGACCAGGCAUUCAGGAAUAUCCCUUAUUACUGCACAGAGAGACACAGCAGAAGGAAAYCCACAGCCACACCAAUGAAAACCACAAAGGAAUGGUAAAUAAUGGAAAAAGCCAUCCAAGCACCAAAGGACUAAAUAAACCAAUUUCUUAUGUGAAAUCUCCUCCUGGACGAUUAGGCAAAAAUGUAUCAAGUGCCAUUGAAAAGAUUUCCCAUGACACUCAAGAUGGUCACCAACCAAGUGUUCUUAAGAAGGGAAGGAACCAACUGGAUGGCAAUAAUCAGUCAAAAAGGAUCCCGAGUGUUUGCACCUCACUGCAGAGUGCACCAGGACCAAAGAAGAGUCUCCCAGAAAGAAGGCAAAAUGAAUCCUUCCCACACAGGAUYCCCCCUGGCACAAAGGGCAGCACACAAGGAAACUUCUGCAGGGCUAAAGAUGUCCCAGUGCAGCAUUUKUACUGCAGUAAAAAAGAACAGUUGGGAAGGAAUCACGAAGAAUACAUUGCUGAAGCCAGUCCAGGCUCUUCUAAAUGGCAAGAAACAUCUGUAGGUGCAAUGUUUCUUGAUUUUGAAUCGGUACAAAUUAUUAAAGAAGAUGCUGAAGAUGAUAGUGCCAGUGAUCUCUCUGACUCAGAAAGGAUUCCCAUUCCCCCCUCUCCCUGCACACCACCAGAACUCAUCCUCAGAGCGGAAGAAAUCGACCCUGUUUGUUUGGAACACAUCCCUGAAAUGGGAUUUAAGGAAUCAGAAUAUUACUACCCUGACUUYCUCCCACCUCCUUUCAACUCCUGGGACUUGAAGCAGCUGGCCAUCUUCRUCCACGUGGAAGGGAAAACUGAUUUCCGCCCCAAGCCCACGGGAUCUCUGGAGAAAUACAUUGAGCGCCUGGUGCAGCUGGAGUGGCUGCAGAUGCAGACGGUGCAGAGUGAGAAGGGCAGAGCAGCCAAAGGUCGGCCCCAGACUGCCCCCAGCUCUGCCCGUGCCCUCAAGAGCCCUGGAAAAGCCAAAGCACUGCUCAGCCCUUUGCCCAGCAGGCAAAUGAUGCCCCAGGAAGGCAUGGCCAGGCUGCCCAGGAGCUGCUUGGGUCACAGGGCAGAUCCCUACUCGGAGGAGACUCGCCAGGUGCGCUCCCAUCCAGCUCACCUGAAACUCCCGGAGAGGAUGGGAAGUGCAGCAUCUUCUCCCAGGCAAACUGGUGAUGGAAGGAGUGAACUGAAAAAGAAACCAGCUGCAAAGCAGCAGCUCCUCAGCCUGCAGCCACCCGAGAGCAGCUCUAAAAUCCAAAGCGUUGGUAACAUCAGACCCCCUAAGCAAAGCCCCACAGCAUUCCAUGGUGCAGCUGCUCCCAUCAAAGGCUUAAAAACAUACACAUGUACAAAUCCAAAGAAAAAUGGCAAUGCCAGCASUUAUGUUCCUCCUAAAAAACCAACRGUGGACAGGAAAAUAAAAACAAAUGGCACAAAGCAACCACCACGCAAAUUUCAGUGAAGGAGAACUCAUUAGUGUUGAUGCUUUUUGACUGCUAGAAAGCAUCUGGCCAGUGCAGAAGAAUCCUUUUUUCUUCAUAGGAAGAUCCUGAGAAAAAUGUGUUCCUGACACGUGGCUCUGAGUCAGCACUGUUCAUUUCUAUACAUUUGAUCUUAAGCCAGCAGGAAAUGUUUUCCCUGAAGGCAAAUGUCUUCCAUUGGUCUUUCCUCAAAAAYAUUUAUAAUUGCUCAAUGAAGAUAACAGUAGCACAGUGUGAAGUUUAGAGAAGUAGAGAAUGUCCUGUUUGCACCAGUUGAAGUCUGAGGUGUUUCUUGUGCUUACCCUGGUGUAUGUGAGGGAAUCUCCUUGACCAGAUGUGCUUUUUGUAAGACAGAUUUGAUUGUGGUGUUUUCUGAUGGAAAUGGCUCAGCUGUUUUUAUAAAAUAAUGGAGCCUGAUAUCUAUGCAAAGUCAACUCUGAUUCUUCACAGAAGAUGAAUUGGAUUUUUUUUGAUGAAAUAGAUAUUAUUUUUUUGAGAAGAAGAAUGGAGUUAAUGUUUUGAAAUAUUGUAAUGCAGAAAGAAUUCUUUWUAAGAUAAAGUGUUAGGGACCAGACAGCUUCAAUAGUGACAGAUUAUGAAAAUAGAAUGUGUAUUUUUGUACCCUGGAAUCUUCACUGUGUUUACAGACAGCUUUCCUGGAAGUUMAUUUUGUAGGCCUUGAUGCUUUUUGUCAUUUAGGGGAAAUGACCAAAUUUCAAAUUGCACACGGAUAUAUUUGAGUAAUGCAAACUAAGGCUUUUAGCAGAGACUGUGUGGCCUAAUUUGCAGAACUGGUAGCCUCUUAAAGCAUAAAAAAUAGCCUCUUAAGGGAAGAACUUAAAGGCUCUUGUAAGUUCAAGUAAAGAUGUAUUUUGAUACAGAACAURCCUAUUUUCACCUAAGAUGAUUUAUUUAUCCUGUGGUCCAGUCUAGCUUGGCUUCUUGAGGUUUAGGGAGGUGAAAUGGGCAAAUGCCUCACAGAAAGAAAUUGUACAGCCWGGACUGGGUCCUGUCCUUGGGCCUUCUCUUGUGUCUGUGAGAUACAAGAGAACACAAAGGACAGUUCAGAGAAUAUUCAAGUGUCAGUUGAUCUGUUACAAUUUCAAAUGAAUGACASCAGCUGGGGACAGGGUCUCAUUAAGAUGAAAUUCUGAAGAAUUUUUUACUUUCAUUUUAAAAUUCUGGUCAGCAUCAUUUCCUCCUCAGUCACCAGUCACAAUCUUCAUGAGAAGUGAGCUGAGGUCUGAUGGACCAGAUUCUACAAGUGGAUCCUUCACAUUAUGAUARAAAAUGAAAAAGUAGCAAACACUAAAGAGUACAUUCUGUAUAUAGCUAAAUUGCACUUCUCUUGGUGAGCUCAUCUUGGUUUUAAGAUGCUUAGCUGUUUCUAUCUUUCAUUGUGCCUACCAGAUCUUCAGCUUUGUAAAAUUUCAAAGCAUGGAUUUAUAUGUAGUUUAAAAAGUGAGAAUAUUCAGAAAUGUAGUAAUAAAGUAGAGUAUUUUACAGUACAUAAAAACAUUGCUCAGGAAUAGUCUUAAGAAAUAUUUUUAGUGUUUUU